UUAACAAAGUACAAACCAGAUAUUGGUCCGCUGUAUAAACAAACAAACAUCCUAUUACAUAGGUCAUAGGUGGUGCAUAUAUUAUGUGAAUUUAUGAUUUCUAAACUUAUUAUUGACCAUUACCAUUGUUUUUAAAGUCAAUGCUAUUAUCAUUUGUCAUUCGUUUGACUGAAAAUAACAAGAAUUAGAGUUGUAUUGCACAAUAGACUUAAUCGUGUUGCAUUAAGAUGAAGAUGUUAAAAACUUUACAAUAUAAUUUUUUAAAAAUAAAUACAAUUGGAACGAAUAAACGUUGUUUAUGGCAAUGGGUUGAUGACACAUUCAACAGUUUGGAUGAAGAUCGUAUCAAGGAAAUUGGCCCUAACUUGGCAUGUGCUGAAUGGCUUAUGAAAAAUGGCGCACAAGUUAGAUGGAAAGGUUGUAAAGAAUUUGUCAGUCAUUACAAUUGCUUACCUAAUAUAACAUCAUGUAACCUCGGACAGUUUUUAAUAGAACAAGUUUAUGCUGGAAAAGAAGCUUCAAUCUCACAUAUAGGAUUUAAUUAUUUUAAAAACUGUAAGAAUAUUUCUGAAGUGGAAUUUGUUGGAUGUAACACGAUUGAUAAUAAAGCAUUGAGUAAACUUAAUAUCUUGAAAGAUUACUUGACUAAUUUGAAAAUUAAUGGCUGUAUAAAUGUUUCUGAUCAAGGAAUAAUGUCAUUGGAACAACUCCAGGCAUUAAAAUAUUUGGAGUUGAAAAAUUUACAAUUUUUAAGUGAACCAGAAGCAACAAUUGAUCAUCUGAAAAGAAAGCUGCCAGAAUGCAAUGUACAAUAUUAUAAUGAAUGACGAUAAUAAAAGAUAAAAACAAUUUUCAAACUACAGAGCUAUCUGAUAGAAAGAAACUAAUUCUACUAUAUCUAAUUAUUUUCAGUGUAAUUAAUUAUAAUAUAUGACUGAUAUUUUAGUGUAAAAAGUAUUUAGAUUACUAACUAAUAAUAAAAUACUAAUUCGAAAAACA